GCGAGUACCGUUCGCAGCGGCGCACAGCACAGCAGCGAGCCAAACUGUCAGCAAGGAAGCACAAGCUUUGCGAGAGUUGCGAGAGCCGGAACGUGUCCGCUGGUGGGCCAAAGGCUUGCAGGAGGUUGGUCCGUCGAUCGGUUCCUGACAAGACGCCUCCCUGCACAAUGAGCGCAGCGCUCGAGCGACCUCGAAGCUUCUACCAACAACGCCAUGAGGGGCCGAUGCGCACGCUUUUCUCUCGCUCCUGCGUGUACAAAUAUCGGCCGUCAGCCCCUCCCUUCCUCCAGCAGUCUCCCGUCCUUCGAUGAAGAAAAUACUCAAGGUCUUCAAGUCUUCGAAAUCCGAGAAAGCAUCCGUCUCGACUUCGACGACUUCGCCUGCCGCUGCUACUCCCUCUGCCACUGCGUCCACCACGCCAGCCACCACCACCUCGUCCGCGCCCGCAACCGGCCCGGAGAAGAACACAGCAGCCAUGGCCGCCGACAAAGUCGACACCGCAACCUACCUCAAGGCAAUCGGCCACCGUCGCACCGUCUACCCGCUCAGCGACAAGGUCAGCGUUUCCGAUGAUCGCAUCGUCGAGGUCGUCCAGGAGGUCCUGAAGGUCUCUCCUAGCUCCUACAACAGCCAGCCCAUGCGCGUCGCCAUCAUGCUCGGCGAGCACCACAAGAAGUUCUGGCAGAUCGUCAAGGACAAGGCCCUCCCCCUGCUGGCCGGCGCCGGUGAGGAGGUUGUCAAGACCAUGAGCCAGCGCUUCGAAAUGUUCCAGGCUGCGUACGGCUCGAUCACGUUCUGGGAGGACGCGGAGACCAUCAAGGAAUGGCAGGGCAACCACCAGUCCGUCGCCGGCAUGUUCCCCCAGUGGGGUGAACACGCCAACGGCAUGCUCCAGGUGCAGGUGUGGACCGCCAUUGAGCUGGAGGGUCUGGGCGCCAACCUGCAGCACAUGAACUCCUUCCCACCCGUCGAGGCGGAGAUCAAGAAGGUGUUCGACAUUCCCGAGUCCUGGAGCUUGAGGGCGCACCUCAACAUUGGUAGCGAGACCACUCCACACCCGGAGAACCCGGAGAAGAAGCCGUUCAGCGAGACACUUAAGGUUUUCAAGGCAUAGUUGAGAUUCCCCUUAUAUAGAUGCAUUUCGCACGGUCAUGAAAGCGUGUUAUUUGGUACUAGAAAAGACGAAUACAAUUAAGAAAUAAUUUCCAAGA